AUGAAGAAGCCUGAUAUAAUUAUUUUAACUGAAACCUGGUUAAAGCCAUCUACUGAUAAUAGUAUUUUCUCACUUGAUGAUUAUAUAGCUGUCCGUAAAGACCGAACUCUGCAACAUUCUAACACAGGUCGUUAUAUUCAAGGUGGUGGUGUUGCUUGUUUAGUUCAUAAAUCACUCAAGGUAAAAAUACUUCAUAUAUCAUCUUCAGAACAUGUAAAUCAACCGGAAUUUUUUAAAACAGAUGUUACUCUAGCUACUGGGACCCAUCUCUUACUUUGCGGUAUUUAUAGAAGACCAAAAGGUCUUUUCUUGAAUGAAUUUUUUGAUAUUUACGCAAAGCUUGCUCCAAAUUUCAAAAAUAUCAUUAUAGCUGGUGAUCUAAACUGUAAUUUACUUGAAAAUAGUUGCACUACUAACCACUUAAAGAACUUUAUUGCUGAAUCAUCAUUGUACUGUAUUUCCUUUAGUGCUACAUUUCAUAAAAAUAAUUGUGACUCCUGGUUAGAUGUGAAUCUGUUAGAUAAUGAAAGUAAGUUGGCAUCUUAUACUAAAUCUGACUCCCUUUUCAUAGAUGGUCAUGAUUACUUAUUUUGUCAGUAUCUUAUAAGUAAUUCAAAUCAUUUGGAAAAAAAGAUUGCUUUCAGAAAUUUAAAGAGCUGUGAUCACAUAGCCUUGUCAAAUUCAUUAGCAAAGUCUCUAAAUGUGGGAAAUUCGGUUUUUGAACGCUUAGAUCCAAUUAAACUACUUGAUUUGUUUAAAACUGAAAUUCUAUCAACUUUGGAUGUAUUUGCACCAGUAAUUACAAAAAAAAUUGUUCGUCAUAGUAAUCCUUGGUUAACAAAAGAAUUAAAAGUGAAGUGCAAAGAACGAGAUGAAAUUUACAAGCAAGCUAGAAGAAAUCGAGAUCCAAAUUUACUUGCUCUUUACAGAGUAAAGAGGAAAAAGCUAAAAGUUGAGUUGAAUCGUGCCCGUGAAAUAUACUUGAAAACUGCUCUCUCAAAACUACCGCAUGGAUCAACUGUCUGGAGCAAACUUAAACAUCUUGGAUUAAUUAAAUCAAACUCUUCAUCACCGCUUAAUUUCUUCAACGCUUCUGAGCUCAAUGACUACUAUGCUAAUAUAGUUAGAAAACAUCCACCUUGCAGUAAUGGUUUUAUAGAUCUUUUACCUUUGACUUGUUCGAGGUUAGUUGAGUGCUCGUUUAAGUGGUCAAAAAUUGUCGAUGUUACUAAAGCAUUACAUCUUACGCUCUCUGAAUCUAAAGGGAAUAGUCCUGAUGGGCUGGAUUUAAGAUGGCUGAGAGAUCAUUUUUCACAAAUCUCACUCUUUCUCACUGCCUUAUUCAACAGAUCUCUUGACACCUGUACUUUUCCCGAGGUUUGGAAGACCAUUUAUAUAAUACCAUUAAACAAAGUGACACCGCCUAGAUCUCCGUUGGACACUACGCCGAUUGCAAAUUUAUCUCAUUUAGCAAAAGUUUUUGAGAGAAUUAUUGCAAGUCAAGUGGUAGCUUACCGGGAGGGUAAUGACUUGUUUGAUCCACUUCAGUCUGGAUUUCGCAAACAUCACAGUACGCAGUCUGCAUUGCUAAAGCUCACUGAUGACAAGCUAUGGAUAAAAAUCAAGUGA